AUGCUCAAUGUUCUCUUCACCCCUCAGUGGAGAUUAAACUACUUGAAUUGGCGGCGCGUGUUGGAAGAGCCUCGAUUUACUCAAUCCCAUCUUGAAACCAUUUUCAUUUCUUCGUCAAAGUCUGUCAUUGGAAUGGCAUUCUGUAACAAAUUUGGGAACUUGGUGAGGCAGAGCAUUUCCCAAAAUGGGCAAGUUCCGGUGGCUACUAAGUUGAAUUCAAUUCCCUGCAUGCCAUUGACAAACCUUUUUAGUCGAGGUUUUGCAUCUGGACAGCCUUUUAUUGACGCGUUCCUGUUUCGUCUGAAGCAGAAGAAAGCGAGUCUUUCAAACAGAAAAAUCUGGUCACGCAGAUCAACUAUUUUGCCGGAAUACAUUAAUAGUUCUGUACGAAUUUACAAUGGAAAAACUUUUGUUCGUGUUAAGAUCAAUGAAGGGAAGGUUGGUCAUAAAUUUGGAGAGUUUGCUUUUACACGGAAAAGAAGAAUUAUGCAGACAAAAGUUGUGAAAGGGAAAAAGAAGUAA